AUGGCAACACCUGAGCAAAAGAAAUCAUUUAUAAGUUUAUGCGCAUCGAUUAUAAGGGAAAAUUAUAGUGGUAACCCGCUAUCACUUGCCUCGUUUAUUGAUAAAAUUACCCUUAUUGAAGAAUUAUCAGACGAAAGGCUCACUACAACAUUUAUUGCAUUUUUGAAAUCCAAACUUGAAGCUUUGAAAGUGCAUAACAACAAUUAUUCAGAUUUUGCGAAACAGGUAGAGGAGCUCGCAGAUUCCCUGGAGCGUUCGCUUAUUAUUGAAGGAAUGACACAAGCGAAAGCUCACGAGAUGGCAGUUGAGCAAACAAUAAAUGUUUGUAGGCUCAACAGCCGUUCAGAUAUGGUAAAGUCAAUACUAGCAUCGUCAACCUUCAGCGACUCGAAAGAUGUUGUAGCGAAGAUGAUUGUCCACGACAAUAUAAUAAAAGAGCAGCAGGUGUUGGCUUUUAGGUCACGUCGCAUACGGACAAAUAAUUUUCGAGGAGGUUAUAGAGGCAGCAAUAACUACAGAUAUCACAAUAACAACUUUAGGUUUAACGGCAAUUCAAAUAGACACAGCGGCAAUACUAGCUAUCGAAACAACAAUCAGAAUAGGAAUAAUAGUUUCAGUAAUAGACAAAAUAACUACAAUAAUGGUAACAACAGUCAGGCUUCAAGCAGUAGAAAUAACAAUCAAACGCGUUCAAAUACACGAAAUUCUGCCAAUGUUCGGACUUUAAACGCCGAAGCCCCUCAGGCGCGAACACUGGGGGAGCUAGACUUAAAUAACUAA